AUGGCGGGAGACCGGGCCGGGAGGAGCCCCCCCUUGGAUCCUAGUCUCCCUAGAUGGAUGUGUCAUAACUGCCGCAACUCAUUGUGCGUCGUCGGAGUUGAGUCCUUUGCCGACAAAUUCUUCGGCGAUGCCUCCCGCUCUGGUUAGGGCUUUUCCUCUAAUCACCAUUUUUCUCAAGCAUGCCGUGCUGUUCUUCGUGUCAGGUUUAUCCCAGUGAAUCUCCUUCCUACCGCUCUUUUGUUCCUUCUGUACCUCUGUACAUUCCGAUUUCCUCCGGGUUAUUUUUCUUCGUCCGGAAGCAUCUGAUCGCGCGGAAAUUAUCGAUAUCGUCCCUGUGGGCGUGACCUAUAUUAUGAUUUUACGUGUUUAACUGCUCAGUUUUUUCUUUCAUAUUCGAAUGCUGAUAUCUGGCCUCUUGUCCUGCGAAGAUACUUUUUUUUUCUUUAUGGCCUUAUUUCCUCGAAGACAAUUUCUGUUCACCUUCUUACGAACUUAUCUCCGUCGGGCAGGGAUGCAGGCGUCCUCAGUUCAGGGCAGUGUAUUGGGCUCUAGUCGGAUGGACCAUUCAUUUGUUGUGUUGCCCAAGCAGAAAACCCAAGGUCCUGGAGUUCCUCCUCGCCCUCGUAUUGGGAACCAGCAAUCCGAGGGUAACCAGCCAGGUAGGAUGAUGGAAGAAUCUUUUGUUUUGGUUCCACAUGCCGCGGCAUCCAUGUACAAGAACGAGUCUGUGGCUGAGGGAGGCAGCAUGCAUUCAUUGGCACAUGAAGAGAGCCCGAGCAGUCCCUUCCAGUCAAAUAACACGGGCUUCCAUUCAAGUAUAACCAUCUUGAAGCGCGCAUUUGAUAUCGCCACAUCCCAAAUGCAGGUAUCAUAGUGGUUUUCUAGAUCAAACAGCUUGACUAUUUCGAUCGCAGCAUAACAAUUUUCCCCACAUUUUCUCUCUUUCUUAUUCGGGCACUUAGUCUACAGAAAAUGCUAAAGAUUCCAGUGAAGCCUACAAGAUGUUCUUUUUUGCUUAUUUUCUCUACUUCUAUCUGGACAACCUGCAAUGGUGCAUAUUUAAAUCAUACCUGUUCACUAAUGUCUGUUACAACAAGUAUUGGUCUGGUUUAUUAUCUUUCAUGUCUUGGAACGUGAAUAUCUUAUGCCUCUUGACAUGAGAUCUUCCAGCUUUGUUCAUUUAGGGGUAAGCCAUCAACAAAGUCUAGCGUGAAUUCAUUGUUUUGAUAAAAAAUGUACUUUCUGUUUAGGUCGAGCAACCUCUUUGUCUAGAGUGCAUGAAAGUGUUGUCAGAUAAACUUGACAAAGAGGUUGAAGAUGUGAACAGGGACAUUAAAGCAUACGAAGCUUGUCUACAACGCUCUGAGGAGGAAUCCUACAAUGUUCUCAGUGAUACUGAUUUUUCUCGUGAGAAAAAGAAGGUAUUACUUUUGUGGUUUGAUUUUUACUAAAUUAUUUCUUUAGCACCUAAUUAUUUUUCAUGUAGUUCCGUGAAUAUUUUUCAGUUACUUGAUGUCGUCAUAAAAAAAAACUUUGCAACUUUAGUUUUCCAUCUAUAUUUUAGAUUAGCCACCUGAUUGCUCUGAUGAAGGCAUUAUGAGUUUCUAGACAUUUUAGUACGAGAAAAGUUAGCGUAAUUUUUUUCCUUAAUGAAAAAUGUAGUUUUUUGCCCGAAAGAAAAUGUCCAUUUUAUGUAAAAUUUAACGACGGCCAUGGAGCAAAAUUAGUACAUUACCGUUGAAUAGAAUCGUUGUGAUCUGUAGUUCAUCAUUUCCUCCGCAUUCAGUUUCACUGGGGGACCAUUUACCAUGGGGAAUCAGUAUAAUUGUUUCCUUAGAAGGAGGUUACGUCUACUAAUAAACGGAACAACUUUCUGCAGCAUAUCAUUUUAUGGUUUCAUUUUUUGCAUUGAUUUUAUUGUACAUUUGAUGGAGGUUUGGUGGUAUCCCCGUUAGGAUGUUCCUUGAUAAUGGUUUAACAUGGCUCCUGUUGAAGGUGGCAAAGGAUCAGUGUUAACUCUUGCUUUUGAAGACAAAAUUGGUGUUUAUAUGCUUUGUAACUAGCUUCCAAGGCCUAGGAAGAGAGACCAGUAGGCUUAGACAAUGUUUGACCUCCUCGCACAUUCAGCAUGAUGAAACUGAUUCAGUGUUCUCUGAAAUAGUACUGCAUCAUCUAAUGUUUCGGAAGCAAGUAUUCACAUAGCACCCUAGUAGAUGAUACGUCUACAGUGUCGUUAGGUGGUCAGACCGCUUCUUCUACAGUUACAUUUUGCUGAUGUAUGUUUUAUACCAUUAUCCAAAAAGUGCACAAUAUAUAGAAUUUCCUGAGAUUGAUUUUUUAUUUAAUGUUGGAAUAAGGAGUGAACAAUGUCUGAGGCCUUGAUGUGUCUGAUGAUAAGAGCGAAAAGAGCACAUACGAUCUCUUUUUCCCGGACAGGAAAAUGGUGUCAGGGUUUUCUUCCUUAAGUUUCUUUCUAUGCGUCCUGAGUAUUCUUGCGUGCGCUUGAUUGAAGGCUGUGACUUUCGUUGUGAUGUUAAUAUGCUUGUGCUCUAUCUACCAUAUUUUCCUUAAUACUAGGUAAUUUUAUCUUAUUUAAAAAUUUAAAUAAAAAUUCCUCAUAUCGGUGGAAAACCUCUGUAUUCCUCGUGCUUGUAUCAGCAAUCAGAAAAGGAAAAAGUGCUCUAAUCGAGUGAAAAGUAGUUCUCUUAAUCAAGAUAUUCAUGGCAUGAUGUCAGAGGUUUGAUUUUUUUUUCUGUUUUUUUUAUUGUUGUGCUUGUUAAGAUUGAGGAAGAAGAAAAGAGACUUUUGGCUAGCAUUCAAGAAGUUGAAAGACAGUGUGCAGAAAUUGAUGCUGAAGUGAAGGAAUUGGACACGAAAUCAAAGAAUUUCAAAGAAUUGGAGGAAAGGUUAGUGCUGAAAAGACUUAUAUCUUUUAUUGGGGUGUUUUUAGUUUUAACUUUACUAAGUGAUGUUGCAUUGUAGAAGGAAAACGUCCAAGUUGUUGACUAUAAGGCUUAGAAUUUAUUCCAAUGACAUGGAUGGCGGAUUCUACAUUAACAUUGACCAGGUUAUGGUGGCAUUAUCUUCACUGUCACAAGGACUGAAAUUUCGUGAAGCAUUUUUACCAUUGAGAUAGAUAUGAGAAUUUAAUGUUUUUAGUAGGGUACAGCGUCUCGAAUAUGCUCGAGUUUCCUACCACUUAUCAUGGGCAACAUUUAGUUAUUCAACACUACUGACUCUAUACAUUUGUUAUCUAAAAGUUUGAUCGGCUUGUUGUGUAGAAAAGUAUAUAGUCAUGAUUGCGGUUGAUGUGAAAUCCUUUAAAAUGAGUGUCAGCGAUAAUUGUAUCGAAAGAUGUGGGAAGAAUGAAAUAAGUUCUUAUAGGAUGAAUACCAUUUUCCAGUUUUGUUGUGAUAUAUCCUGAUGGUUGGAACAAGGCUAUUCUAUUUUAGUUUUGAUCUCAUCCAUUCAUUUUUGUGGCUAAGGUUCAAAAAAGGACUCCUAAAAAAGAGGUGAUUGUUGAAACUUCUUAUUAUCUCAAUCCUGGAAACAUACGAAGUUACUUUUGGACUCCUUUUUGAACGUUGAUUAGACUGCCCUCUUGUUUUUUCCUUUUCUCUAAAGUGUUAUAGAAAUCCUUUUCGUUUUCUGUUGUUUCCUACAAAUCUGGUGUGUACAUAGUUUGUUUAUUGGCAUUGUGUGCAAAUCUGGUGCUUCGUGCGUUCUCUCUUCUAUCUCUUUUCUCCUGAAUAGAUUUUUCUUUUCUAUUAUUCUAGAUAUUGGCACGAGUUCAACAAUUUCCAGUUUCAGCUUAUAUCCCAUCAGGUAUGUUAGUUUUUUAUUUCAUAUGGAUUUUAUUCUGUUAAUGUUCUUGUCUAGUUUUUGAGGCAUUUUUCCAGAUUUUGUUUUCUUCAGGAUUUGCUAGUGACACUUGUAAUACCCAUUUUUAUUUUGACCUUCAUUCACUGCAUGGUUAAGAUUAUUGAUAUUUUCCUCAAGAUAGUUAUACGAAUGAAUUCGAGGAGAUAUUCGAAGAAAUUCAUGUUUUACUCCGCGCUAAUAUCUAUCCAGAAUGUGGUCCGUGGAAUUCAUUUCUUGGAAGCCCAACGUGGCGUAUGAAAACAUAAAUUUUACAGCAAAGUAUUGAUGAUAGAAGAUAAAAUAGAAGGCCAUGUGGUAAAUGGCGAAAUUUUCUGCAAUCACCUUCGGUGGGAGAGGAAGACGCUGAUAGCUGUGGCACAAAAAAAGAUACGUGUAAAAAAAUGGCAAGACACAAAAGGCAGCAGUUGUUUUCUCCAUCUCUUGUCGAGUCAUUUUCCAUUCAGUCGAUCAGAACUUUAAUACAUUAAGACGAUCUAAUUGUACAAACAUGAAAUCCUUGGAGCUCAAGCAUUGUGCUUAAUACAUGGGGCUGUGAGAAAAAUAUAGAUCAACGAGCUGAUGAAAUUUCUAGGCGAAGUGUGAUCAGAGGGCUCAGGAGCAAUCUGUUUGGGAUCCUAUCGCAGUCAUACUUGGUAAAGCGGAAAUAUUGUUCUUCAUUCCAUUUCCCAGAUCAAAAUGAUACAUAUAGUUAUGUUUUACUUUCGUUCGUUUCUCGUCUCCUCAACGAUUGUGCUACAAACCCAAAAUUGGUUGAACAUCUAGUAACAGUAUAAUUGAUGCCUGGUGAAUAAUCGACAUGAUACAUAGAGCUAUGUUGGGGGGCAAUAUCAGCAUAAAGACAGCAAGGAGAUUUCAGAGUUGGCAAUCCUAAUUACUUUAGAAAAUACUUGUCUUCUGAUUCAUAUGUGCUUGUUUUCUAAUAUUCACGAUUCGGUGCGUUGUUUAAGAAUCUUUCUGUUGAGUUGCUUGCGUGGACUAGAUAGUGUUGAGAUUCUUUUGUGUACCGUGAAAAAUUGUAUGACUAUGACGAAACAUACUGCUUGCUGCGGAAUUGUGGUUGAAUAGUGUCUAAGAGCAAUAGUUGUCACAUUAUCUCGGGCGCUUUAAUCUGUUUCCUUUUGCGGAGUUGUGGGAUGGCAUUUCAUCAAGUUCUAACUGAAGUUUUUUGAGUGACAGGAAGAGAGGGAUGCUAUUUUAGCUAAGAUAGAGGUUUCACAAGCACACCUUGAGUUGUUAAAGCGCACAAAUGUCCUGAAUGAUGCUUUUCCCAUUUGGCAUGACGGAGAAUUCGGAACCAUUAACAAUUUUCGCCUUGGCCGUCUUCCUAAAAUACCGGUACAGGCUGCAGGGUUAUGCUCUCACGGUCUUAUAAAUCUUUUUUUUUAUUGUUGUAAUCUUAUUCGUUUUGUGUUCAGUGCCUUCGUCUAUGUUUGUGUGAACUCAAGCCCAUCUGACUAGUGGUGUUCUUGAGUCGGAUGUCUUAUUAAUUUUCUAUUGCUUCUGAUUUAAGUUAAACUUGUUGUCCUCUUUGAACUUGAAGGUUGAAUGGGAUGAGAUAAAUGCUGCUUGGGGACAAUCCUGCCUUCUUCUACACACAAUGGCGCAGUAUUUUCGGCCAAAAUUUUCGUAUCCUUUUGUAGAAAUAAAUUUGAUAAUUCUUUUCUACCUAUUAACUCAUUUGCAUCGGUUUUGCACAAGGGCUGCAUAUUCUAAAUGAAAUAUACGUUUUCGUACAUCUUUCCUUUUGAUCCACUGCCAAUCUAAAUGAAUAUAUUGCGGUAGUUUUCUUCAUUUUCUUGUGAUAUAUAAUUGAUGCUGACAUAGGUCAAAGCACUCAGUGUUUGCUUUUUUGUGUGGAGAUUACUUUUGAAUUCCUAUAUACAUUCAAUAGAUAUCGAAUCAAAAUCAUUCCAAUGGGAAGUUAUCCCCGAAUAGUGGACGCCAACAACAACACAUAUGAACUGUAAGUGUCAACCAGAUAAUUGAAUUCUUUCGCUAAAUGAUCCCAUACCAGUGCGAGAGAAUGAGAGAGAACACGCGGAGAAUCCUAAGAUGACAGCCAGCUUCUAUCAGAUUCACUCUCUAGUCCAAAUCAAAGAGGAUUCUAAAGACUCAUGAACAUUCUAUUGAAUUCUAGUCAGCGAAGUAAAAAAUAUGGGCAGAACACUGGAUCAGAGAAUGCUCAGAGAUUCCUCAAAGGAGGAAUUUUACAUGUGAGACUAGAAUGUAUUACCCAUGAACGAACCCAUGGUGCUGGUCAAUAUCUGUGUCUCCUUCCACAACCACAACAUUCGUUCGAUGUCAUCCAAAGGGCUUGAGCUUUAGGUUGUGAUUAAUCAUUUCUCUGUAAGGGAGAAGCUCUUUUCUGAUCUUAUGCAUAAUCUCGUCCGGCUGAUGAGACUUCCAUGAUCGGUGGCUGAAGGAAACUUUCUGAUCUCAGGUUUGGCCCUGUGAACCUUUUCUGGAGCACGAGAUACGACAAAGCGAUGACAUUGUUCUUGACGUGCCUGAAAGAUUUCGCCGACUUUGCCAAUUCAAGGGACAAGGAAAAUAAUAUACCUCCUGAAAAAUGCUUCAAGCUCCCUUACAAGUAAGUUCUUGCUCGAUGCUCGAUGGCUAGAUACUUGUGAAUUGUGCAGCUAAUUGCUUUCAUACUAUCUUGAAACUACUUUGUAGAAUAGAGAAUGAUCGAGUGGAGAACUACACCAUCACCCAGAGCUUCAACAAGCAGGAGAACUGGACGAAGGCCCUGAAAUAUACUCUCUGCAACCUCAAGUGGGCACAGUACUGGUUCGUGGGAAACACCAACUUCCAGCCUCUCUCUGCCAUGGUCUCCUCUCAUGCGCAGGUUCCACCUAUCGACUCCUUAUACUCCAAAAAUGAUACAAGUUCCAAGAACUCGUCCUAG